AUGGCUACGAGCCUCCCAUUCACCCAUGCUACCCCGCAGGAGACAUUUCGGUUACUCGAGCUUCCAGAAGAGCUGCUUGCAUACCUUGCUUCCGAAGAACCUCCUGCGUACGGCACACUCCUUCCCCGACUCUACCUCAAAUCGCCUCCUCCGCGACCCUCCGCCGGUCUACCUAGUUCCGGCUCAUCGUCGAACCAGGGGGCGGAUGAUGCCUUUGUGAAUAUAUGUACCGAUAAGAAGACAUACUCGCUGCGACAGGUUCACUCCUCAAAUUCGAUUUUCAUAUUGAAGCCGCAAUCGUUGUUGCGGAGGCAUAACGAGGAGGAUGUAGUUUUGGGAAAUAAUGCCUCAAGCGGGGUUGCGGCCAUUUCGCUGUGCAAAUCAACAUUGGAAUUGCAAAAGUUUGGGGACGAGUAUUCUGCAGUUCCCUUCUUACUGAGGAGUUUGCAAGUAUAUGAUGCUAUGGAUAUUGAGGAAGAUGCUAUGGAAAUAGAUGCUAGGCAUCUAAGCGAUAUUGACGCAAGUAUAGAAGGUAGGAAUAAGGCCAUUACACGGCUACUGGAAGAUGUUCCUUUGUCCGCCACGGAAUGCUGUCAAGCUUGGGUCGACAUGUGUGGCUUUAUUGAUGGCGACAAGAGCACCGGGAAUUUAAUAGGUUGGCGACCAUUAGCGGCAGCAAAAUUAUCGGUGUGGAAGAAGAUGUUAGAGGGGUCUGUGCUGCAAGGCAUUAAUUUGGAUAAGCAGUUUCUAGUUCGAGACUUGUGGAAUGCUACGAUUGACGAUACAGAGACGUUGGAUGGCAGGACGCCAUUCCCUAAAGAUCUUUUUGAUGCAAUAGUCCGGCGUUUAGUGGAUUAUUCGCCGUCUGAGGUCGGGCUGCACGUUUUUUCGGAGCUAAAAUGUAAGGUCACCUUGGAAUCUGUUCGGGGUAAAGGCUAA